UCCUCCUCCUCUCUGCCAGCCGCAUAGACAGGAGACAUGGACCUUACAACUGCCAGCGCUGCCUACUGCUACUGCUGCUGCUGAUCUACAUCAAUACUUGUUUUUCAAGUACUAACUGAAGAGGGAGAAGGGAUUUUAAAUCAUGUGGCAUUUCAUUAAAUUAUAAAAACAAGUGAUACAAUUGAACAUAAACUAUUUAACUGAAUGCUAGGAGGAGCCUGCAGGAACCUGAUCUUACCCUCAACAUUUUUACUACACUGCUGAAAUUAUGAGUGGGUUCCUUCCCUACCUGGACCCACAGAGGAUUCCGUGGAGAGCCACUGGGCAUGCAUUUGGUUCAAGGGUUUUACGCACCAAGCCGGUAGAGUCAAUGCUGGAAGGCACUGCCGGAACUUCUGUCCAUGGAACUAAACUGGCUAGGGUGCUGACUACGUUGGAUCUGGUCUCACUUGGAGUUGGAAGUUGUGUUGGAACUGGAAUGUAUGUUGUCUCUGGAAUGGUUGCUAAAGAAAUGGCUGGACCGGGAGUAAUUGUGUCAUUCAUUAUUGCAGCAGUGGCAUCAAUCUUGUCUGGUGUUUGCUAUGCUGAAUUUGGAGUGCGUGUACCGAAAACCUCAGGCUCUGCUUAUACUUACAGCUAUGUGACUGUGGGGGAAUUUGUGGCUUUCUUUAUUGGAUGGAAUUUAUUAUUAGAAUAUCUGAUUGGUACAGCGUCAGGAGCCAGUGCUCUGAGCAGCAUGUUUGAUUCCCUGGCCAAUCAUACAAUCAGCCACUGGAUGAUUACCAAUGUGGGAACAUUAAAUGGACUGGGCAAAGGAGAAGAUUCCUAUCCAGAUUUUAUAGCUUUGAUUAUUGCUAUCAUCGUGACAAUUAUUGUAGCUCUUGGGGUGAAAAACUCAGUUGGAUUUAAUAAUGUGCUCAAUGUUAUUAACAUCUUAGUGUGGAUCUUUAUUAUGAUAGCUGGUCUUUUUUAUGUAAAUGGGAAGAACUGGUCUGGAGAUUUUCUCCCCUAUGGAUGGUCUGGGGUGAUGACGGGCGCAGCAACCUGCUUCUAUGCCUUUAUUGGCUUUGAUAUCAUUGCUACCACCGGGGAAGAAGCCAAGAGUCCCAACACCUCUAUCCCAUAUGCCAUUACUGCUUCUUUAAUCACCUGUUUAACUGCUUAUGUGUCUGUGAGUGUUAUAUUAACUUUGACAGUGCCAUACAACAUGAUCGACACAGAAUCCCCACUGAUGGAGAUGUUUGUAAUUCACGGAUUUUAUGCUGCCAAAUUUGUUGUUGCUGUUGGCUCUGUAGCAGGACUCACUGUGAGUCUAUUUGGCUCUCUGUUCCCUAUGCCUAGGGUUAUUUAUGCAAUGGCUGGUGAUGGGCUUUUGUUCAGGUUUUUGGCCAAUGUCAGUUCCUAUACAGAAACUCCAGUCUUGGCCUGUGUUGUCUCAGGAUUCCUUGCCGGCCUUCUGUCUUUGUUGGUCAGCCUUCGUGAUCUUAUAGAAAUGAUGUCAAUAGGCACUCUAUUAGCAUACACACUGGUGUCUGUUUGUGUCCUACUACUGCGUUACCAGCCUGAGAGUGACAUUGAUGGUUUUGUUAAAUUUAUCUCAGAAGAAAACACCAAAAAGAAGGAAGGAAUCCUGGCUGAGUGUGAGAAGGAUGCAUUCUCUCCUAUGAGUGAUGGAGAGGAAUUCAGUGGCCCAGCCACAAAUACCUGUGGUGCAAAGAAUCUGCCUUCUCUCGGAGACAAUGAAAUGCUUAUUGGCAAAUCUGAUAAGUCCCACUACAACGUAAACCACCCCAAUUAUGGCACAGUUGAUAUGACAUCUGGGAUUGAAGCAGAUGAAUCUGAAAAUAUGUACCUUUUUAAACUGAAAAAAUUUAUAGGCCCACGAUAUUAUACCUUAAGAAUCCGCCUUGGUUUGCCUGGAAAAAUGGAUCGGCCAACUGCUGCAACUGGCCGUACAGUCACCAUAUGUGUCAUGCUGCUUUUCCUUCUCAUAUUAAUCUUCUGCUCUUUUACUAUCUUUGCUGCGGACUAUAUCUAUGAACAAACAUGGUGGGCUAUCCUCCUGGUUGUCUUGAUGGUCCUGCUGCUCAUUGCCUUGGUGUUUGUAAUCCUACAACAACCAGAAAACCCCAAAAAGCUGCCAUAUAUGGCACCAUGUGUCCCAUUUGUCCCUGCUUUUGCAAUGCUGGUAAAUGUGUAUCUCAUGCUGAAACUGUCAUCAAUUACAUGGAUUCGAUUUGCUAUUUGGUGUUUUGUUGGCCUGUUGAUUUAUUUUGGCUACGGCAUGUGGAACAGCACCUUAGAAAUCAGCGCCAGAGAAGAGGUUCUCCAUCAGAGCACAUAUCAGCGCUACGAUGUUGAUGACACCUUCUCUGUGGAUGAUGGGUUGUCCUAUCCUUCAGAAGAAAACUUCCAAGACUGGGGUGGCAGGGAAACAAAAGACAGCUACUAUCAGCAGGACCCAGAGACAGAAGGCAACAGCCAGAUGAACAGUAGGCCCAAAAGUAAACGGAAGCACAAACAGGAUUCUGAUGCACUGAUUGCCAACGACGAGUUAGACUAUGGUGCAGAAUAAAUCCAAACCUAUUAUAAUGUGCUCCAUCUCUAUGAAUAUAACAGCUUCAUCAAUAGAAUUUUGCUCGUUCUUCUCACAAACGUUGCUGCUUAUGUUAUUAAGUUGUAAGCAAGUGUUCAAUCUGUUUUCCAUCUUGUUUUGUGCCCCACUUCCUGUCCUCGAAUACACGUUAAAGGAUAACCCUAACAUUUACCCUUCACUAUCAGUCCCAAAAAGAGCAUUUUGUGAAACACAUAUAUUUAUACGUGCAUAGUGUCUUAAUCUUUACAUCAUGGAAGACCGCUAGGUUGCAGGCGAUGGCUUGUAGUUGAAAUUAGUGAUUAUUUUAGUUUUGCAUUCCUCAUUGUGCAUAGACUAUGUCUAGUAAAUGAGGACUGCGAGCAAAUGGUUUUUCUCACUUUCAAAAACAGCACAAGCUGUUUUAUGGAUCUCUAAUUUUGUCAUGGUAGGAAACUAUUUUAUUUAUGUGAAUUUUACAAAAUGCGUUUAGGUGUGUACUGCCAAAGGCAACGUGUCCUCUUGCAACUGUCUUGCCCUAUGAACACAUAAAGAUAGCUCUCACUCAACAACAUUGUACACUGUAUAUAAAUGGCUUAGGUUAAGGUCAAUGGCUGAGAUCCUUUACAAGUCUUGAACUCUCACUAAAAGAAGUAUUUCAAGCAACCAUAUUUAGAUGCCCAGCACUUACAUUCCUGCUUUCUGUUUCAUGUGUUCAUAGUCUGGGUGACAGGAUACACUAAAACAUGAGGAUAAUCUAUUAUAACUAGGGGCAUACAAGGUUUCAUUUAAAACACAUGUAAUUCAGGAUAAGGGACUGUGUGUGUGUGUGUCGCUAGUUUCAGACUGUAUUACUCAUUGUAAAUAAUUCCCCAUAUUUAUAACUUCUUAUUAUUAUUCACGGUCUUGCUAAGAGUCAUUUCCCAGUGUCACUAUUGGCAUCACAAAAAUCAGUUUCCAAAUGUGAUGAACCUUACAUUAUGUGCCUCUUCCAGUUGAUCCAAAGAAGGUGCCCAUGUCUCUAUGGAAGUAUUUACUACCAAGAGUGUCUUAACAUUUGAGUGGGCACAGGAACAAAUUAGUGCUGUCUUUAGCAGGGUGCAAAAGUCUUUGUAGUAGCCGUUGCAUGCAGGCCUAAAUUAUAGACAUUUGUUGCAACCCAAAGUUUUCUCUACCUUCUUGGAAGAAGCUGCACGUUUUUAUAGUGACUAAAGCAAGAUGGUGAAAGAAAUAUUUUGUACUAUUUAUAGUCUCCAGCUGUUGUGCCACUACAGCUUUCAUCAACCACAGGGACUGCUGGGAGUUAUUGGUCAGUAACAGCUGGAGAGCUGCAUGUUGAAUUAGAAAUUGUGGCUCUGACACAUAUUAUUAUACCCUAAGACAGUGGCAGGGUGCCAUGAAAAGAGUAGAAAAAUAUAUAAAAUUUUUAUAAAUAGAAUAUUUUCCUGCAUAUUGACAAAUUAAUAUUUUGUAAUGUUCCAGAGCCUCUGAAAUUGUGACUGAUGAUAUUUUCCUUUAGCGACAACAAAAACUAUAUUUCUGAUUCAAUUGGCAGUUUUUUUCUUAUUAUCAGAAAAACAUCCGCAAUCUCCUGGGAAUCCAUACAGAACAAGUCACAAGCUCCACAGCUGUGGUUUUCCUACUGCCUUCAGUCAACAUAACUUCACAGAGGAGAUGUAGCAUAUGCCCCUGAAUGUGCAACACUUUUCUCCCUGUUUCAUCAUUUAGAAUCCCAUGUGCUCUUGUUCUUAUCAUUCUAACACUCAUUUGCACCAUGCUGCAUGAAGGAACAGCAAAUCCGAAGAUGCCUGGGACUUUUUCACUCAUUUUACAAAGAAAACAGCAGACGAUUCCAAUUGCAGUAGGGUAAACGCAUGCAUUUAGGUGUUAGACUGCAUUACAAUCUAAUGUAUAUAUGGUACUUCAAUUUAAAAAUGUUACCUACUUAUCCCAAAGACAGCAAUGGAUGAUUACAAUCUAUUUCUGACAAUUCAUCAAGCUGUUUCCUUUUAUGCAAAAUCAGGGCCAUUUAAAUAAAUUGGCAAAAAGGAGCAUUUUUCCAAAUCCCACAAGGAUGGGGGUGGGGUAGGGGUGGCAGCAUCAGACUUUUCAUCUACUAUAGCUUGAAGAAUCCCUCAAAAAUUGCCUUUUUUUCAUCUCCAUCUAGACCAGUUGUUACUGGGACAAUGUUCCUAAAGGAUCUUUUUCAAAAAAGCUAGUAGCUUUAGUAGAGACUUUUUUCUUAUGGUGUCCUAUGCAGAGAAAUACAAUGCCAGAACUAUGGCAUUCAUACAUUAAAUACACACAGAUACUAAAAAAAGGGGGCAUAUUGUAUGAAAUAAAAUAAAAAGCUCUCCCUUUGUUUGCUGCUGAUUCUCCUGUCUUAAACAGUAAAAAAAAACCUCUUUUCUAUAAAAAUAGCUGAGAAUUUCUAAUUAAAUUAUAUUGCAAACAGGUUUAUUUUUAAAUGGGGAAAGCAAAUCCCAAUUUAUAUUUUUUGAUAUGUCCCCUUUAAUAUAAAAUUAGAUAGCAUAUACAAACACAAUCAGCACAUGAAAAACGCCUUUUAAUCCUAGAUAAAGAACAUGUGUGUGUGUUAACCAAAUGGAAAAUUAAGCUGUGCGGCUGCUGUAAUUCUGCUUGUGUUUGUAGAAAUAUCCUAUAACAUUUAAAAUCCUCCAUGUGCCAAAUUGCCUAGGCCAUAGGGCAUAAACCUAUGGUUCUCUUCAUACUGCUGAGCUGCCCUACCCCCCAACACCCUUCAAUGGAUUCUGAGAGUUGAAGUUUAACUGCAAUGGAAGGCUGUAAAUCCCUGCCUUGGAAUUGAUCAUGCUAUGAUGUCUUGAAACAGGGAAAUGUAAUAGCUGCACUGUAAAUAUUGUUGUUCUAGGUAGCAUUUUGCUAUUAUCUAUUUCUUGGAGUAAGAGAUAUAAAGCUAUUUAUUUUGAAAGCCGCUGGGAUGCACAGAUACUGUUAGAAAUCAUCCUUCUAGAUAAUAUGUUUGGCUACAGAUUUCUGCAUCUCAUCUUGGGCUGCUUAGAAAGGAUAGGCUGGAUGCCACAGGAAUGCAGACAUCCCCCAAAGGAACCAUAGAUGAUAUCACUGAAGCUCAGCUAAUAAAUCACGUCUGCUAAUAACUCAUGUCAGCACAGAGCUGUGCAGGAAUAGUCUCUCUGCGUCACGUAAUAAAGAACUUGCUGGGCUGAAUUAUCUGGAAAAUACACAUCUUGCAACUUACUGAAGCUUUUUAUCAUUUACAUCUUCAAAUAGAAACAUUUUGCUUAAGCCCUUCAAGAAUUUUACAAAAUACUCUGCUGUUCCGUUACCAAGUUUAUGCUUUUUAGUCAUUCAGCAAGACUAAACAAUUCUGCAGCUGGAGAUGUAUUUUUACUGGUCAGAAAGUAUAAUGUUUGCAUGUCGAGUUGUGUUUUUGCCUUUAUUCGUGUGGGGUGGUCAUUAUUGGGUUGUUGGAAGUUAUUUAAAAAAACUGCUAUUUCCAGCAAUAUCGGUGCAAGUUGUUCCUUGUUUGGACCCAAUACUUUGAUCUGAACAAACCUGGGCAUGUGAGUAUAUGUAUCUCUGUUGAUCACAAUGGCCUGUGUUUCAGUCAUUUUUCAAGGGUCCCAUAGUGAUUUUGUCUUUGUGUGGGAGACCAGAUGAGCUCCUUCACUUACCAGUUUUGCCAAUGAUUUUACUCAAGCAGUGACCCUAUGAUAGAUCUGAAUGAUCAUGGUCUACCCAUGUGUGACAAGCAUCAGUCUAUAGAAAUGGCCCUCAACAGAUAUUCAUUAUCCUGUAGGCUAGGCUCAUUUGUUUUGGUUCCAAUGCAAAUAGACUGGACUCUUAUUAAGGCAAAGCCAUUUUAAGGGUGAUUUGUGCAACUUGUCCUUGGUCUGGGGAAUAAGAAUGCAAAGAUUUUUAUAAUGAGAUCUUCUAAAUUGAUCUACUAGGCUCCUACAAUAAGAAGAGCUGUUGCAUAGUGUAUCAUGUUUUUGUCUGCUAUUGAUUUGUGUAGAGAGUAGUUUGGAGGGGGGGCAUUUGAUAAGUACAAUCUAUAAGCGAAAUUAUUCCAAAUAAUGUUUAUUAAUGGAUGAGCACGGGCUUGUUGAUUAUCUGCUGUACUAAGAGGAGACUACAGUGGAAAGACUUGUUUGCAUGUGAUCAGUUCAAAAGAGUAAAGUGAACAUGUAUUUGCAUUUCUACAUCUAAAAAGGAACUGAUGCAGUGCAAUACCAAAUAUACUUUACAUAUGUCCAUACAUGUUCCUACUAGUGAUGGGCGAAUAAAUUCGCCAGGUGUCAAUUUGCUGCAAAUUUCUGCAUUUUGCCACGGGCGAAACUGCCGCGAAAAUUCGGCGUAAAAAAAAAAUACGCCGCCUUGAAAAAAUGUGGCCGCGCGUCAGAAUUGUUGCGUGCAUCAACUUUGUCACACGUCAAAAUUAUUCUGAUGCCCAUUGUCUUUAAUGCAUUUGGCCAAAAUAGGCGCACGUAUAACAAUUGUCGAAAAUUAAUGCUGUCCAAAUAAUUUUGACGCCCAUUGAUUUCAAUGCAUUUCGCGAAUGUUUCAGUGAAGCAAAAUGGGACAAAUUCACCCAUCACUAGUGCCUACCAGUUUGUGUAUUCCCAGAUUAUGUUAGAUGCAAGGGAAAGAUGCAGCAAAUAAGCAGAUCUAUGUGACCAACAUGACUAAGAACCUAUAGGCAGUUAAAGGAACAACCCUACCCUUUUUUUAUAAAUAGCAUGAAUUUUAUAUUUAGAAUAAUUUUACUAAUUAAUUUACUAAACUAUACAGUUUACUAUAAUUAUGGGCAACCCUUAUCAAGUGUCCUUGAUGUUCUUGUGUUGUAUGUUUGCACUUAUUCUGUAUAUAGGGGUUGAGGAUGCUGCUGCUUUGUUUUUGUUUGUAAUGUAUCAACAGCAGCGGCACCAUAAACGUAUCAACAUUAGGAUUUUUUACAGAUAAAAUAGAGUUUACCUUUAGUAGCACUUGUUCAGCCAGUCUUUUUUUUUGUAAAACCUGAAAAUAAUCUUUCUCUAUAUACCCUUUUAAAAAGUAAUUAUCUCUCUUAAAAUGACAGUAAAUUAUAAUGGUAAACUGAUUGUGUGCACAUCAUGUUCUUUCACUGCACAAAUGAAUUAGUAAAGAUAUUACUGUGUGUGCAGCCAUAUUGGUUGGCAUGGUACGGUAUUUUCAAUAGAUUAAUGAAAUAGAUAGCCCAAACGCACUGUACUAUUGUAGGAUAUUUAAAAUAUAUUUUCCUUUAGCCCUUAAACUGCAUUCACAUAUGGGAGCUGGGAUUUUCCAUAGAUACUAAGUCAGUCAUUGCAUCUCAAUUAAAUUAAACCUGGCACACAUAAGAAUGUGAACUGAUUAAAAUGAAGAACUUCA